GAGUCUGGAGGGAAUAUGGAGUACGCUGGUUACUACAAGGAGACUAUAAACUAACACAUUUCUCACAAAAGCACCAAUUCGGUUGCGUGUGAAGAUGGUAAAGCAGACCAUUCAGAUCUUCGCCCGCGUUAAACCGACGGAGAAAGCCCCGGCGGUGUACUCUGUGGAUAAUGAGGAGCAGAGCGGAGGCAGAUUGGAGUUUGUGGUUCCAAGAGAUCUAGCAGACGGCUUCAUCAAUAACAAGAGGGAGAGCUACAGAUUCAGGUUUCAAAAGGUUUUUGAUCAAGUAACCAAACAAGAGGAGAUCUUUGAGACAAUUGCCAAGCCUGUAGCUGAUAAUGUGCUGGCAGGUUAUAAUGGCACAGUCUUUGCUUAUGGGCAGACUGGCAGCGGCAAGACUUUCACCAUCACGGGAGGCGCCGAGCGCUACAGUGACCGGGGCAUCAUCCCCAGAACUCUGUCUUAUCUAUACCAGCAUUUCAGUCAGGAUAGUAACAUGGUGUACACCACCCACAUAUCUUACCUGGAGAUCUACAAUGAGGUGGGAUACGAUCUUCUGGAUCCCCGACAUGAAGCAUCCAAGCUAGAGGACUUACCGAAAGUGGCCAUAAUGGAAGAUCCUGACCAGAACAUACACCUCAAGAACCUGUCAUUGCAACCAUCAGCCAAUGAGGAAGAGGCGUUGAAUUUGCUUUUCCUGGGUGACACCAAUCGCAUGAUUGCAGAGACCCCCAUGAAUCAGGCCUCCACACGCUCUCACUGUAUCUUCACCAUUCACCUGUGUAGCCGUGAGCCAGGCUCAGCGACCCUGCGGCGCUCCAAACUCCACCUGGUGGACCUGGCUGGCUCUGAGAGAGUGGGAAAGACAGGUGUAGGGGGCCAGAUCCUGACCGAGGCCAAGUACAUCAAUUUGUCACUGCACUACCUGGAGCAGGUCAUCACGGCUCUGUCAGAGAAGAACCGCUCUCAUAUCCCGUACCGCAACUCUAUGAUGACUUCUGUGCUCAGAGACAGCCUGGGGGGCAACUGCAUGACCACCAUGAUCGCCACUGUGUCAGUGGACAAGAGGAACGUUGAUGAGUCUAUCUCCACCUGCCGCUUCGCCCAGAGAGUGGCUCUGAUUAAGAACGAGGCUCUCCUUAACGAGGAGCUGGACCCAGCACUUAUGAUUGCUCGCUUGAAGAAGGAAAUUCAACUUUUGAAGGAGGAGCUGGCCAUGGUGACCGGGGAACAAAGGCAUGACGAGCUAACUCCAGAGGAGAUCCAGGGGCUGGAAGAGCAGGUGAAGGUGUUCCUUGAUGACCCUGACCCUGAUAGAACACUGGACUUAGGGCCAGACAUGAGAAAAAUCCAUCUCUGCUUUUCUCUGCUAAAGGCGAAGGUGUGGGAGAAGCCAUGUGUUCAGAACGGGACAGAUAACACCAGCCAUCUCACAUCAUCAGACAAGCAGGACAGCCAAACUCACGGAGAGCUGCUGAAACUGAAGGACAUGCUCACUCAGCGCGACAAUGAGAUCAGUAUACUGGUGAGCAUGUUGAAGAAGGAAAAGAAGAAGGUUCAAGAAGCCAAUGCCCAGUUAGCAAACUUCUCCAAUGGAGAUACAUCACACAGCUCGUCCACCAGCACUCUUGGUGAAAAGAGGUUGAAGGCUGAAAUUUCAGAGGACUUCCCACUUGCUCAGCAUCUAAUGAACAGGCAGAGAGGACCAGAGCUGUCUAUGGGCCGGCAAGAAGCAUUUGAAGUAUUUAGGCAAGAUCAUGAGGAUCGUCUAACCAUUGACGACAAUAAGACCAUACUUAAGCAGAGGUUUGCAGAGGCUAAAGCACUUGGGGAGCAGGUUAACCAGGCCAGGAACAGAGUCAAUGAGCUGAAGAAGCAGUUGGAGAUGAGACGGAUGCAGAUGGCCGCACAGGGUGUAAUGGGGGUGCAGCAGAAUUCAGAAUCGGACCCUGUAGAGGAGAGACUCCGCAACCAGAUUGAAGAAGAGAAGAAAAGUUAUAAGAGCACCUUUGGGCGUUUAAAAGGCUUGAAGACAGAGAUCGAACAUCUACAGCACCUGCUACACAAGUCAAAGAUCAAGCUGCAGAAGGAUUUUCAGGACUGGUGGACCCAGGAGGCCACAAAGCUGCAGAAGGAUCAACGACCAGAGAGUGUGGAAGUGAAGCAGAGCCUGAACAGCACAACCAGACAUUCCAGUUCACCUGAUCAUGCCAUCAGCACUCGAGAGAGAAAACUCAGAGACCUACCUGCUCCAUCUGCAAGAGAUCUGAGAGCCUUGUCUUCUACUGCCCUCUCCCCUUCAUCUAUCCCACUAACUGGAGACCAGCAGACUGAUGCGGAUAUCAUGGCCUUCAUCAAGGCUAGGCAAAGCCUGCUUACCAAAACAGGUUUUUGACGCUUCGUGGAUACGGAUCAGAAGUCGUACCUGUACAGCAGGCUGAGUCUGAGAUGAAUCUUUAUCACAUGUCUGCUGCUCCCCUUCACAAACCAACUGCAAGGGAAAGACCAUCAUGACUCCAUAUAUACUGUCCACGUGUGCCCCCUUCAGGCUAAAAUUCACUGCUGUAAGCCAACUGAUUGAAAACCGAUGGACCAGACCUCUCACACAUUGAUUAAGCUUUAACACACCUCACUAUUCAUAUUUGUAUAGAGGAAAUCCCUUUUUUAUAGGCCCAGUUUAAUUUCCAUCUUGAAAACAGAGCCUAAAUUAAUCGAAGACAGAAUAUUAUGUACUGUAAGCCUGUUCAUCAGUCUGCAUUUUAGAUGGUUCAUGACGCUUGCAUACUACCUACCCUCUUCACUCGUACUCUAUAGUACAAUGACAUAUCAACUUUUCUGAGUGAAAUCAAAGCAUGGCAUCGUUCACACUGAAAGCUUCACAAAUGAACCUCACCUCUUCUUUCACAGGAGGGAAGUCAUCAUUACUUCCCAGCUGAUUCUCACAGGUCUGCAAAUAGAACAGUUUGUGCAGGAUUAAAGAGGUUAAGACACAGGAACUCUUGUGCACCACUGUAAGUAGAACAAAUAAAUGGAAAAGGCCAGUGUCUUAGGCAGCCUGAUAAUGCCUUUUCAACGGUGAUGUUAUGGAGGUAGAGAUGUUAUAUGAGCUGUUAUAUUAUGCCUUAGUGUAGUGCAUUAAUAUAAAACAUUUGUACCUAAUGCGAAGAAGGAAACUUGAUGCACAGCAAUAUAAGAGCACCUUCAGAUAAACUGGUUUAACUCCUUAAUUUCCUGGGACCAUGUAUCACUCAAAAGCUCACAGGAAAUAUAAUCAAACAAGUUGCAGGAUCUAUGUAGAUAUGAGGCCUGGAUCCAAGCUGAAAGUUCAACAAUAACUAAAAAUAAACCUCUCAAAAUGCUAAAUGCUGUAUUCAGAACUUUACCUGUUCAGUGGACUCUGUAUGAGACUGUUCUUUCACACAUGGCUCAACUUCCAUACAAGUCUGUUGCUCUUCAAAAGCCUCCUUCUUCUAUAGAAGAACAAAAAUUAGUACUUUAUACUACAAUACAGAACAUGACUGAGAAUGGUGUUGACACAGGUCAUUAAGAAAGCAAAGCUGAAUUUCAGUACAUUGUAAAAAUAUGUUUGGUGGCAUGAAACAUCCAAUAGCUGUCUGAGCAAUUUCCUGAAUCUUAACAUCAUGCUCAAUAAGUUAUCCUGAAAAGAUAACUUUAAAUGUGUA